AAUAGGCUCUUGUUGCCACGGAAAAUGAAAGCUUAUUUUGGAAUGUUGAUUCGUCUAUGAAUAAUUUUCGGGGGGAAUUUUUGUCUAAACAAACUAACAAACUACAGAAGGAAGCCAUUUCACUGCUUUAACGCGAGUGUAAAUUGUAUUUUUUUGAGAGGCUUUAAAUUUCCCGGGAAAAGCGCUCGCGCUCGGCCGAUGGCGUAGUUUUGGCGUCAUUUUGAACGAUUGUGACGACGAAAGAUCAGUUAAUUUUGAAAGAUCGUCGAUCACAAUGUCAGAUGUAUUUGGACGAACAUGAUUGCCGCAGAGGAAGAUCUUUUUACCACAAAUAACGAGAAAAGUAGCGACCAUGAAAAAAAUAUCGCUUCUACGAAAAUCCAUAACGAUUUUAAUGCGUAUGAAGACAGCUGUUCGUCUACACACGACGACAAAAUAACUGAAUCGGACUUGGAUAGUGAUUCUGCAGUAAGCGUUUUGAAUCAUCUGAAUGGAAAGACAGACAGACAAAGUGAUGAAGCACUAUCAAGGUCCUCCUCAAUACAGUCUGAUAAAUCAGCGAUAAUUCGUUUGAACAGCGAACUUUUGAAAGCCAAACAAAGCAACUGGGAGGUGGUAGACGCGCUAACUGUUGCUUACGAUGACAUCCGUGACUUACGGAAGCGAGAACAAAGACUGAAUAACAUUCUAGCUGGUAAUUUAGAUAAUGUGGGGAGCACUAGUACUUCUCAGGCUGAUGCGCUGGGGUCUUAUAGAGCUACCGAGGUUAAAAUACUUCAGACACAAUUAGAGAUACGGGGAGAGGAGUUAUCCAAGGCAAAGGAUAAUAUUCGUCGUCUGAUGGGAGAAAGAGAUCGACUCAAAGAAGAGUGCUCCAAAACUCGAGCUAGUUUACGACUUUUGACUUUACAGGAUAAAAGAAAAGAAACUGAAAUAGUUGUGGGAGAAAGGAAUCUAAAGUCAUUAAAGGAAGAAAUAAGGGAAAAAGAUGAAAUGGGAUUAGUCUYGAAAGAAAAUGUAUUAAAUUUAGAACAUCAGAUGAGAAUGGCUAAAAACACCGCUCAGAAGACCGAAGCGGAGAAAGAUAUCUUGAAGGACAAUCUCAAACAACGCGAAGAUGAGAUUAUCGAGUUAAAAAGAAAGUUGAAAGAGCUUGAAAAUGAACAUGACCGAGUUCAAUCCGACUUGUCGUUGAGAACAUCUGAACUUGCGAGAAUGAAAUCCAAUGAGUCGACUGAUAUUUUCAAAGAGUUUGAAAGCGAGCUAGCAAAGGAGCUCAACACAAUGGAAUUAAAACUGAUUGAAAUGAAAGAGAAAAGCAAGCGGGAUGAUCAAACAAUGGCUGAGAUGAGAGAGAAACUGGAGGAAUGGGAAAGGUACGGAGCAAGGAUGAGCAAGACAAUGGACGAGUACAUCAAUGAAGUCAACUCCCAACAGCUCCAGGCUCGUAAAGAAAUUGCAAAAUACAUCGGUAACUUAGAAAAGGAACUAGCCCAGGUCAAGGCUCGACAACAACCCCUUGAAGGAGGAGGAGAAAGUGAUAACCAGUUAUUUCAACGAUAUGCGCCUUCUCGAUCACCUAGGAAACGAAGCUCAGGRAAAAAGCUUCCUGCCCUUCAGUCGUCACUGCAAGAAACUUUACCACCUAGUGGUAGAAAAAUGAGCGAUUCUUCUUUAUCCGGGGCACUCGAUAGCGAGGGCUCUACGGAUGACAUAGAAUAUUACCCCUCGGAUGUCAGCGAAUCUGAUAUCUCUCGACCUUCAAGCUCACACAAGGGACCUAGAAGAACGCUACCUAUGACACCCAGUGAUAUUGAGGUACUCUGCGGUGACAGUCCUGAGGAGUAUUUUACGAAGCAAAGUAGGAAGAAUAAGCAGCCUGAUAAAUCUGAUCAUAACAAAGUUCGUGUCUUUCCACGCAUGCGUAACAACCAGGAUUCAGGGUUGGGAGAAAGCCUUCGGUGUCGAGAGGAUGGUAGAGGUAUAAGGCCGCAGAAUAACUACCCGUGGAGGAAGAAAUCUCAAGAAAAUAAGAUAAGACCUAGCAGUGCUUACAGUCGUGGUGGAGAGGCCAAUGAUGAUGAAUCAGAAAGCUUCCCAACUAUUACCUCAAUAUCGCUUGACAAAAAAGGUCAACAUUCUGCUGCUGCUGGAUUUGAAUCAGCCCGCAAACCUAUGAAGACUGAAAUUACGACAUCUAGCCCAAAUAAAAGAAAAAGUCAAAUUCCUCUUCGCCGGUUCCUAUCACAUGACAGAGUUCGAGCACACAGGCGUCAUGCCGCGUUAUUGCUAGUGUUUCGUUAUCUAACUCCCCUUGAACUGUGUGGCUUGGCUCAAGUAUGUAGAGAAUGGAGAAGCCUGAGCGAACAUCCGUCGCUAUGGAAACAUGUAUCGUUGGUGGAUACCGCUGUAAAUAACAUGACAUUGCUGUCAAUAUCAAGACGAUGCAAACCCCUGCAACAUCUCGUUCUUAAAGGAUUGAAGAAAAUCACUCCUCGAAAACGUGUCCAAAGUAAAAAUGUCGAAAACAGUUGCUACCUAGAGAAAGGCCUGGAGUACAUUCUAAAAGUAUCUGCAGAGAAUAUGUCGUCAAUCCACAUUGAGGACUGUGGCAAUCUAUUGACUGACAGGUGCUUACUGCUGACUGGUAGUCAUUGCCGCAACCUUCAAUCAUUCACAUACAUCAGUGAUAAGUAUCCAGCAUGCCCCGAGGCCUUGUGGGCACUGUKGAAUUGUAGGAACCUUACUACUUUACGAGUACCGCCAAUGAUUCCCAAUGAACWMCCUAAUCGAUUCAACGACAAGAGUUGCGAGACCAUCGCUAACUGCUGGCCAUCCUUAACGAAGCUCUCGAUAGGAGGACCCGGCCUAACCACCACAGGACUCCUUCACAUCGCUAAAGGUUGCAUGCGGCUACAGGAACUAGAACUGGACCGCAUUCAUCACGUGACUGAGGAGACUGCUUAUGCUCUGUGUCUUACUGGGUUAAGAGGGCUGCAGAUUUUGUUGUUCACCUUCACAACUACAAGUCCUGGCGCUAUAAAACAGUUCUAUGCUGCCUGCCCUCGGUUAGAAAUUAUCGCAGUGCAUGUUGGGAUAUCRGAUUAUUUUUCUGACGUCACUAACCAAGAGAACAUACGUAAAUACAAGCGAAUCAUCAGUAAGCUAGAGGCUUUGCGAGAGGAAAACUCUGACUUGGCACGUGUUCUUCGCAUUAAGGCAGAUUAUGGGUGAGGAAAACCAACUGAAUAAAAUAACUUUUAAAAAAACGUAUAACGAUAAAAAUAAACUGCUGUAAAUUAUAYUUUAGUCUAUAACACUGAUUUUGUAAUGGAUUUAUCAAAUAUGGUACAAGGACACUAGUAUUUUAUGAACUA